GGUUGUGUUUCUAGCUCUGCUUGGCUGAUGUUUGGUAAAAUGCUUCAAAGGGAUAUUGUGAAUUUCAGGAGCAAAAUUUUUCUCAGUCACCAGUUGUUUAGUAACAAAUCUUCAUACCCUGGUUUAAGCCCUAUCGAUAAAGUGAUUGAUCGUGAGAAAACAUUUGAACUCAGGAGGUAUUUAUAUCUUGAUGGUGAAUAUAGAUUAUGUAAUAUGGUUGCUUCUAGUUCGUUUAUACUCCAUAUGUCUUUGAAUUUAAUGGGUGGAUACAACGGAAAAUUCAGAGUGGGUGUGAAUGGUCAUAUAACUUACUGUGUAUUGAUACUUCGAUGGGUACCAAUGGGUGAAGUUCUGAAUGCUCAUAAAUGGUGUGAUCAGAUGACUGAGAUGUGGGGAAAACCAUUUUUGAUUUUGCAGGCAAACUAUGGGUUGCUUGAUGAGGUGUUGGUUUUUCAGUUUGGGCUACUGGGUGUUUAUUUUUUUCUACUUCGUAAAAAAGCUUAUACGCCAGGAACUGAAUGGUUCACCCAAGUUAUUAAAGUUGUGAAUUCAGGUGGUGAUUGUAUUAGACUCCAUGACUUUGCUCUUAAGGACACACAUUGGGUGAGUUGUGGAUGAGUGGCGUAAUGCAAGAACAUUUUAUAUGUUAUGGUUGCUAUUCAGUUUUUAUUCUUAGCACACAAUAUUCACAGCCACUUCGGUUCAGUACUCCAACUAUCUUGGGUGACAGUGGUGUAGGUGGUAAGAUGCAAGCAUGCCUACUUCAAGAAUGCAACACAAGGAAUCAGAAUUUCACUGAGGUGUACUUCUUCAAAUACAUAAUUCAUAUUGCUUCAAUAUGUGCCAGUUUACCUACUGCUGAGUAUAUUCGCCUCAUCUUUGAUCGUGGUAAAGAAAUUGAACCUAUUGAGUGGUGGUGUGUUUAUGAUAGACAUAUUUCCAAAUUCCACCUUACUUCUUGGUUGAUUGUUAGUAAUGGAGUGUUCUUCAUGGAUGCUUGUGCGAGCAAAUCUACUCAUGAGCUGAUUUUGGAUCUUGGUGCCCUUUAAUUCUGCUCCUUGGAGUCUUGCAUGUGCUUGAGUUGGUUAUAACUGGAACACGGUGUGAUGCUGGUCAGCUGGUUAAUGAAAUGAUGCAACAAGCUUAUAUUCUCUGGUCUACAAGCAAGGAGGGUGUUGGUAUGAGUACUUAUCCAGCAGGUGGUGUUGACAAUUAUGGGCCUGCAGUUUACCAUGGACAACAUAUCAUAACCAAAUUCUGGGCAUUGGUGGGAUUUACAGAUAGAACUCGUGCCUUGUGGUCAUUUCUCUUGAUGUAUGUUUUGCAGACAGUGUGCAUAUUUCUCGCAGCUAAUUUUAUCUACUUCGCUCGUUACUUGGAAGCUGCAGCCACGGAUGCUUACCGUCAUGUACCAACAUAAGAGAGGAGAGUGGCAACUCAAUUCACAUCCUUGAGGACAAGGAUGUUCCGAAGGAGUAGGGAAUGUCAUGUACCAACAUAAGAGAGGAGAGUGGCAACUCAAUUCACAUCCUUGAGGACAAGGAUGUUCCGAAGGAGUAGGGAAUGUCAUGUACCAACAUAAGAGAGGAGAGUAUCCCAUAUAAUAAUCAGGAUGGUAGUUAGUCUUUAAUAUUAAUUGUUGUUAGUAGUUAAUUAAAAAUGGUUAUUAGUUAAUGAUAGUUGUAAUGGAUGGUUGGGAUGUAACCAUGUGUGUAGCUUAGUGAUCGUUAGAUCUGGUUACGAGACCUAGCUAUAAAGAGUGAGAGUCUGUAAUGAAAAUCUCAAUCAAUUCAUAAUCAAAAAAAAUAUUGUUUUAACGA